AUGUGUUUCAGGAAAAAACGGAUGAGAAGUUAUACCCAUUGGGUGAUGGUACUAUUGUAUUGCUUUUUUAUUGUGUUUACUGUUUUGCUUUCCUGGAAGAAGAGAUGUGUAAGGAGGAGGUGUCUUGGGGAAGAGAUCAACACUGCAACAAACGCAUGUAAGAACAUUAUUCCAUUUUACCUGAACAGUGAUAACUUUUUCAACAUUUUACGCGAAAUUAAUUUGUCAAAUAAUUUUUCCAUGAGAUGGAAUAUAAACUAUAUAUACUUUGAAUAUUUUAAUGAAGAAUUUUUUAUAAAUUUUAACCUGCACAGCACGGAUGUGAAGAGUGUUGAGUUAUACGAAUAUAAACACAAAAGCAUUUUGCUUCUAAAAAAAGAUGUUCAAGAAUUUGAAGUAAAUUUUUUUACGCAUGUUGAAGCGGACAAAAGUAUAUAUUCAGGGGAAAAGAGAAUCUUUUACUUUAUUAUUCAACCCAUAUUUGUCUCUAAUUUUAACACAUGUAUGAAUAUAACGCUAGAAUUAAAUAUAGGAGUGGUAAAGAAGAGUGCACAGAAAGAGGAAAUGUCCAGAAGGAGUUCAUCAAAUGGAGAUACCUCACCUAGCAAGGUAAGGGUGAGGGAAGAUACAGAUGAUACUGUAAGCAAUUAUUUUGAAAAGACCGUUGAACAAGAGAAAAAAACGAAACUUCCAGCUCAUCAUAAAAAUUAUAUCAUAGUGAAAGACAACUAUUACUACACAUCGAAUGAAGAUUACUACGUUCGAUUUGAUCAAGUAAUGGAUGAAUCAUAUACUGACUUGAAGAAAAACCAAGUAGUAAUAAUAAUUUAUAGUGUCCUUUUUUUUACCGAAUUUAGUAAUCAGUGCAAUAUAAGCUUCUAUUCUCACGUAACCGAAGAUAUAAGCGUGGAAAAAAAUUUUUUUAUGGAAUUAAAAAAAAUGAAAUUAUCUAAAAAUUAUCUUCAUAAUAUGAGUGUGCAAAAUGUUUUAAAAUUUUCUAACCUUGAUAAAGAAUGCAAAGACGAUUGCAUCAAAAGCAAGCGAACAAAAAAUGGCAUAUUUAUGCAUGCUCCUCUGGAGAAUAAUUCUGUAUACAAAUUUGAAGUUAAGUAUAUUAUAAGUGGAAAGUUCCCAAAUGGUCUGAAAACAAACAGUAACGGUGCUCAUUUUAGCUUAGAAUUCUCCAUUGUAAACAACACUGUUGAGUACAGCAUGGUUGACAUCAUUAGGGAACAUUUCAACAGUGAAUGUACACACAAUACAUUUUUCCCGAGCGAAAUAAUACAAAUAGAUUUUUCAGAAAAAAAUGAAAACAUUUUUAAAACUUACUUAAAUGAAAGAUGUAAAGAGGAGAAGAAAGAGAGUUGCAAUGUCUCAAAUGCAUUUGACGAUUUUGUUAUAUACGGAAGGAUGAUCGAACUGAACGAUAAUUUUAUUUUUAAUUUUGAUCAUAUCAAUUUGUUUGAAGAAAUUAAGAGAGUCAGAAUAUCGAUCAGUGAGGAAAGUCUCUUUAGUUUUGUCUUAACAUCAAAGGAAAAUAAUGUGUACAUAAAUUUAUUGAAAAGAAAUUCAUCUCAAAUUGUAUGUAACACAUAUUAUUUGAAUAAUUUAAAAGAUUAUUCCAUUUUUAGCUAUAUAACGAAAGAUAUGGCUACUUUUCCUCAUGCACAUGUGAAUGAGACAUUUGCAGAUUUGAAUGAAGAUGAAAGGAUGAAGAAGUUUGCAAUACAUAACGUCGUUUACAUAAAUUGUGCUUUGUCGAAAGGAGAGUAUGACUUGAAAAUAAAAAUAAAUGGACAUAACAUGAUUUGCGAUUCAAAUGAAGUGAAUAUUCUCAUUCAUCCCAUUAGCAUGUAUGAAGAAAGACAUAAAUGUGACAGCAGUAUGAACGUUAUAACAGAUUUGUUUUACUAUCACUUGAGGACUGAAAAUAAGAAGGAGAAAGAGCAGAAAAUCUCUCCUUUCGUCUACCAAGAGGAAGGGUUUAACCCUGAGAAUAAGAUUCUGCUCGCAUCACAAGAUGUAGGGGAAAUUUCGAAGAAGCAAGAAAAUACUAAGAAAUAUCAGAAUAUUUAUGAAAGCAGAUGGGUUCUGAAUAAUCCAAUAUUUCACAACUUUGAUUUUGUAAUUUUGCAUGAACAGUUCAUUGGAGAAAGGGUAGAUGAAUUAAUUGUGACAGUAAACAAUUCUAUAUUUGUAGAUCUGUUUUUUGUAAUUAUGGAAUCAACCGAAGAAAAGAAUCCAUAUUAUUACAUCUAUAAAAAUUCUAGAAACGUUUCCAAGUAUAAGAUUAAACACAACAAGAAGCCAUUCACCAUUUAUAUAUUUUCCUCAAACAUGCAUUAUACAGAAAAACAAUUGUGUGGUUUUUUUUUCAUCGACAUUGAUUUUCUAACCAAGGUAGAAUUAACUCAACAAGGAAAAAAUGAAUAUAACAAUAAUAGAAUAAUAACUAAUAUGCAUAAUUUUGUUAAAAAAAUUAAUUAUAUACCAGAUUUGAUCAUAGGAUAUGAUUCUUACUCCUUUAGCAAUUUUUGUUUUAUUCCAAAAUUUAAGAAACACAUCCUGACUAUCUAUGUGAAGGAAAAUUCAAUUAUAAAAAUAAACUGUUUUACAUCGAAUUAUGUGUACAUUUACUUAUAUGAUCAAAAUAAAAACAAAUUAUAUGAUGGGUAUAAUCAUCUCUACAUUGAAUCCUUUACAAAAGGGGAAUAUGAAAUUGUUCUUGAAUUUAACUCUAAAAAUGAUAAUAGCGAUAGUGCCUUUUUUUACCUCCAGAUUUAUAUUUACCAUUUGAAUUCGAUUCAAAAGUGCAUUUUUGCUGAGAUGCCAAGGGAGGGAAGUGAAGCACAAAGAGGAGGAGGAGAAGAAGAAGAAACUUCGGGGAGAUUCAAGAGAGAAGGUCUAAUCAGUAUUCCUCCGAUUGAUGAAGAUGUGUAUAAUCUGAGUUCCUAUGGAGAAUCUGGCCAGAUGAGUCAAUCGGGCCAAAUGUUGCGCGCUGGAAAUACAAACCAAGCCCAAGAAAAUGAUAAAAACUCAUUCUUCUUCCAAAUUGAAAAUUCAUAUUACCUUUUUAAGAGAUACUUUAUUGUUCUCUUUCCAAAUAGGAAAUUUGUAAAAGAGUUAAUCUUACCUCAUGUGAGAACAUUGGAUCCAUCAAUUACCUUCUUUUUAAAAAUCGAACUUUUUUUCCCCCAGAAUUAUUUCCCUUAUAAGCUAACCAUUCAAGACAGUAUGAACAGUUUAAUUCAAUAUCAUGAUAGUUACACUUACAAGAAUAAAAUUCUUAUGACCUUGCCUGUGGUUAAUAACGCAGAAAAAAAAUUCAAAUUAUAUGUAGACAUGUACGAAGAUGUAAAUGAAAACUUAAUGGAUAGCUAUUGUACAUAUGCAUAUCUCCACAUUGUGUACACUAGUGAAUUUGAGACAUUUCGAUUGUGGAAGACAGAGGAAGGUCUUUCUCAAAAUACGAUCAAUAUGCCGCUUCUGCUGAAUAAUAUUUUGUUCAGAAGUUGUGAACCCCCUGUGGGUGACCCGAUUGGAGAUGUAGUAAAUCCGAGAAGUGCAGACAAUCCGAGCAGUGCAAUCAGUGCAGACAAUCCAAGCAGUGCAAUAAGUGCAGACAAUGUAAAUAGUGGAAAAAUUGGUCUUAUUCGUAGUGAUAGCAUAAGAGAUGUGGAUCACGAUCGCGUGCCCAGGAUUUCCUUUAAUAACUUUAGCCUUCCCAUUAUGAAUCAAAACGUGCAAUGCAACUUUGAAAUGAUUAAUAACAACGUGUUUCUCUUUCUAGCCAAUAAUAAUGUGUUCUUUAACAUGUACAUGUACAGGGAAAAUAGCAAAAUAAGGAUGAAAAUAUACAAAUAUUCUAACACCGAUAAACUAGAAAACAGAGAUGGAAUCACCUACGAAGAUGUGAGUAAAAAUAGUUCAUCUCAUUCAGAAGAAAUUUUUUUUUUUUCCGAUUCUCAGAUAUACUUAUCGACAUAUUUGCAAAGAGGAUUGUACAUAUUUGAAUAUGAACGAGAAUCUGGUCCCUUUUUCGUGAAUCUGAGUUUGAUGUGGUAUUACCAUGGGGAUAUGUCAAAUCUUAGUCAACUUGGAAACCAAAUGAGGACAGAAACAAGAGGGCUGAAAUAUGAAAUGGGUACACCUUCAUCUCUAGACAUGGACAUGAUGAACAUAACUGAUUCCAUUUUAAAGAAGGAAAUUUAUUUUCUUUUUGGAACAGAAAUGAAAUGUAAUGAGAAAACGAAAUUCUAUCAUGAAAACAGAAAACUUGACAAUUUAAGUUUCUUUUUGGAAGAAAUUGUAAAAGAUGAAAAUUUUCGAGUUUACGACAAGAGUAAUGCAUUGAGUAUAGAUGUUAAAAAAGGUGAAGAAUUAAACUUGUUAAUAUAUAAACGAUUUUACAUAUGUUUAUUGGACAAACGGGACGACGUAAUCCAACAGAAAGGGAUUUCAAAUAACACACAAGGUACUAGUAGUACCAUUGAAAAAAAUUACACUAUUUUUUCAGUAAGUAUAGAAGAAAAUGCAAAGGUAUAUGUUGAGAUAAAUCCACAUUAUCACUUUUUUGUAUACCCAUUUAACUUAAAUGUAAUGGGGAAAAGAUCCUUUUUUAACAUUUCUAGUGGGUAUAAAAAUUCCAUUACUAUUGAUUUACACAAAGGAGAAUAUGAAAUACAUUUGUCUUUCCCGAAUCUAACAAAGGGACAUGUAAAAGGUGUCAUUUUCGAUCUACUUUUGCUGAUCAUUUCAUCUGAAGGGGAAAGAGGAGAACACGAAAACGGGAGAGAAAAUGGAAAGGGAAAGGAAGGAAGAAGCAUAUUAACUAGUGCGAAUAAGACUCGAAGGGAAGCACUACAAAAUGACAAAUGCAAUACAGAAAUGUAUAAACCCCUAUUUAACAAAAUUAAUAUGAUAGACAUUGAAGAAAAUGAUACAGAAUUAAAAAAAAAUAUAAUAUCUCCUAAAUUUAAAUAUAAAUAUUUUCACAUUUUCGAUAAAUUUUUUAUUAAGAAUUAUGUACAAGAAGUUUUCUUUACUAUUCCUAGUGGUGGAUACGUUUUAAAGAUUUUCUGUGUCCCUAUUGAAGAGUUCAGAGAUAAAAAUGUAGAAAUCCAGGGUGUACAAAAACAAAUGAAUGGAAGUUAUAACCUUCCGAUUGGAAAUUUUUUUGACGUACCAAAUGAUUAUGUAAACAGUUAUCUAAACGUUCGAAAUGUGUUUAAUAUUAGAGUUAUCUUAGAUGAGUCAGUUGAAGAAGAAGAAGAAGAAGGAAAUAGAGAUAAUAAGAAAGACUAUUUAAAAGAGAAUGUCAUUUCUGUUUUACCCAUGUAUGCAAAUGAAAAUGAAGAAUAUAUGCUAAAUUUAUACAAAGUUGAUAAAAAUUUUAAAUUAAUUGUAAAAACGAAUAGCUAUACUUGCAAUUACUUCCAAUUAAUUAUGAGUCUUUAUCCACUUGACUUUUACAAUGCAGUGCACAAUUAUACGUACGCGAAUUAUAUUGAGAAAUACUUGAAAAAUAUUUUUGAUACCUUGUCUGUUAAGGUUAAACUGUAUGAUGGUAUAAAUUUUGAGCAGAAGAAAUUUUCAUCUUAUCAGUACACUCGUGUAUCAACAAGCGUCAUUAAUUUGAGAAGUGUCACUCAGCAUGAUUUCUUUUCCUUCCCACUGCCUGUUCAGAAGGCUAGUUACAUUAAAAUAAACAUUGGAUAUGACUUUUCUCUAUCCAGCUUCGAAAUGAAGCUAUUGAAGAACAGUGAAACCUUAUCAAACAGCAAUAAAGUGGAAGUAAACCUGAAGGAUAACAGCGUGAACAUGUUUGAGAAUAUUAGUUUAUAUUUGGAAAAAGGAGAUUACACAUUACAGAUUUUUGCGUAUGACUUAAUUGGAAAUUCGCUUAGCAUAAAUAAAAAUUUCAGCUUUGCCUUUUAUUUCGAGCUUGAAAUUUUUGAGUUUUCCGAAGAAAAAAACAGGGAAUCAAUUCUGUUGGAUAUAUUUCCACAUAACUCUAUGAUCGUUGACAGGAAUUACUCCUUUGUUAUUGACCUGAUAUUCUGGGGGAACGUUAACGACAAAGAUAUAUACCUGAAGGACGGACACAAGGAAAAUGUAGAAGAGGUCAAAAGACAAGUAAUAAAAUAUGCGAAUGUCGAGAUACACAAAUUUGUUUUACUACCGAAAGUUAUGUCCAAAAUGGAAAUAAAUUUUUUUUUUAAAUUUAAUCCAAGUGCAAAUAUUAACGUCAGUCAGGAAAAGGAAAAAAAGUUAAUCUUUAUCCUUUCAAGUGAUAGCAUAAAUUUAUCCAAUCCAAAUAGUACGUAUGAAAUGGGAAAGGAUGAGGGAGAUGAAAGUGCAACGAACAAAUCGAAUGAGCGAAAUAGCCAAGUCCAUCAGGAGAGUGUAAACAAUUCCUUACUAUUGGAAUUCGAUCAAAAAGAGGUUGCGCCCAUUGCAAGAGAUCAAAAGUACCCUCAGGAAAUUUUUCAUAAGGACGUCCCAUACGACAUCGAUAAUGUCAUCAAAAAUUACCGAAUGAACGAAAAGAAAAGAAGGGACGAAGAGGAUUUUCCUUUAAGCAAUUCGACUAAUAAGGAAAAGGAUGAAUGUAUCCCCCUGAACAUAUUUUCAGUAGAAAUUUACUGUUUUGGAAAAAGUUAUUUUCUCACUUUUAUUUUUUUCAUAUGCUUUCUGUUCAUGUUGUGUGCGUUUAUAUUUGUGCUUUUAAAAUUAUAUAAAAAUUGGAAGUAUUACAGGAAUUACGACAUCAUUGUGGAGAGUGAAGAAGUGGCAAAUCUGUUUGAUGAUGAUAAUAUAUGA